AUGCCGGGAACUCACUUUCUGCUCAAUUUGGUGACGACUAAGCAGGCCGCCGCCGCUGCGCAACAGCUCAUGGGCAAUCCGAAGAAUUACAGCGCUGCUUUGCUGCGAACAGUCCUCUUUUCUCCAGAACGUAUUCAAGUGCGCUCAGAGGGAACGCUCGUGUUUCCGUGGGAGGCAAAACGUGGCAGUCAGAAUGGCAUCAAGUCUGUUCAUGGCGGGGCCCUGUCCAGCUUGGCGGACGCCUUCACAAAGAUUCACGCCCAGGCGUAUCUACCGCAGGCGUGUGUAGAAUCGGUGAGCUUCGAAAUCAGCUUCCUUUCCGCCGUGUUCGAGGACAAGAAGUGCAACUGUGUGACGCGUCUCGUGCGCCUGGAGGACACGAUCAUCUUCACAGAUUUUUUGUUCGAAGGCGAAGGCAGCGACGAGGUGUACGCUCGCGGUACCCACGUUCUGACAGCGAAUCCGCGUAUCGGAAACUGA